UGGAACAUUUCUCCAGAAGACCACUUUUCCGAUUUCUCACUCAGCCCGAUGUCGUAUCUGCGAUUAAUUCUAUAACUGCUGAUAAUAUAUUCGACUACUAUCAGCAGGAAAUGCCAAAUAACCAACUUUCGCAAGUAUAUCAAGUGAUAAUCCAAGAUUUGGAGGAAGUACUCGAAUCAAAUUUCUUUAAAGAAGAUACGACGCGUGUUCUGAAGGACAUUAGAGACACUUGGGUUGAAGUAGGGACUGCGUGUCGCUUACUUCUGGCGUAUGAGGACUGCGGUCGCUCAUAUGACCCUGAUCGGUGGCAAACUUGGGGACUGCGGUCGCUCAAGUUUGGAAGUCUGGGGACUGCGACGUGGAAAAAACAACGCAUUAGAUUCUAUAAAAAUGUAGAAACGAUCAACAAACAAAAGACCGGUCGCGAAGUUCAGUUUCAAAAGUGCGUCACGAAAUAUCAAGGAGGUAUCGCUAAAGUUACCAACGCGGAAGUUGAUAAGUGGGCUGAAGAAUCAGUAAACGGAGAACCUUCAGUCCGCAGAUCGCCUCGACCAAUGAAACGCGUUAACUACGCUGAAGAUAAUUCAGACGAAGAGAGGAAGAUGAGGAGAGUAAAUAGUACUGCUCAUUCGCAAUCGACGGAAUCUCCACAACCUAGAACCCCACCGCAAGCUCCUCGGGUUUUAACUCCAUUGAAAACAACUCCGAAUAAGCGACCGCGGAAUAAAGAGGAAAUUCAGCGAUAUUCCGAAGAUAUCUCUGUUAUAUGUGCUUUUGAUAAAUCUGUUUCGGAGUUGACCUUAGAAAUCGGCGAGGAGCUUGCCAUUGAGCUAUCCUCUAUUCGUGACAUCAAUCCUGCUGUGUGGUCGGAUGCUCUGGAAAAAUACGUUGAUACUUCUCUUAAAGAAACUGGAAAAAAAUUCAAAACUGCAAUUCAGGUUGAAGUUCUGAAUGAACCAUUUCGGUUAUAUUGCGAAAAAGUUCUUCUUGAUUUUUAUAAUCUUGUUGAUGUAAACUCUACAAUGGACCGAAAUAUAGGCGAACGGAAAUUUAUUACAUAUCAAAUCUCAUCGAUUUUAAAAUUUUAUGAGAGGACGUUUUUGAAUCUUAACUUCGAUUGGAUUGAAAGCCAUGCAUCUUCGGCAAAAAUAACAAAAUCCGCAACAGGUGAUCGGUACAUGAAUGACUCUCUAUGCAUUGAAUAUGCUCCCGGAUGGAAGAUUUCUUUCUACGGAACUUGCUACAGCUUUAAUCCCUUUCACUUCAAUGGUCGAAAUCAAUAUAAAGCUCUUCUCAGAAUGAUGGCUAUCUUUCAUGAUGAGAUAACAAAACAAGAAGAACUAAUGGGCGAGAUUGAACGAUCUGUAUUUCGAUCUAAAGGAACAACAGUUCGUCAUGUAUUAAAGAUUCCCGAUGAAUUGUUUAA